AUGGCCUCACGUUUAAGCCCUCGAAACUCGGAAGUAAAUGCUCUUGAGCAACGUGGCUAUUUUCUUGGCAAAAAAAUUGGACAGGGUUCAUAUGCAACUGUUCACUUGGCUGAAUUUUCCGAUGGAGUUAAUCCAAAGAAAAUGAAACUUGCAUGUAAAAUUUUUGACAAAGAAAAAGCGCCACCCGAUUUUUUAGAUAAAUUCUUUCCCCGCGAACUCGAAAUUUUAACGAAAAUUGAAAAUCCUCAUAUUAUUCAGGUUCAUAGUAUUCUUCAACGUGGUCCGAGGGUUUUUAUUUUUAUGCGUUACGCUGAUAACGGAGAUCUUUUGGAUUUUGUUAAAAAAAAGGGCUUUAUUCCGGAGCAACAAGCAAAAUUAUGGUUUCGACAAAUGGCUUCCGGUUUACACUACCUUCACGGCAAAAAUAUUGCUCACCGAGAUUUAAAAUGCGAAAAUAUUUUACUGUCACGAAAAUUCAACGUUAAACUAGCAGAUUUUGGAUUUGCAAGAUUUUGCAUUGAUGAUGACGGUCGUCGUGUAUUAAGUCAAACAUACUGUGGAUCAGCGGCGUACGCCGCACCGGAAGUGGUGUCCGGCACACCAUACAAUCCAAAAUUAGCCGACGUUUGGUCACUUGGCAUAAUACUCUAUAUAAUGCUAAAUGGCUCAAUGCCAUUUGACGAUUCAAAUUUACGCAAGCUUCUAAAGGAUCAAAUGUCAAGAAAUUGGAUAUUUCGUUCACGUGUACGUGAUAUUAUAACAUCGCAGGCGAAAAGUAUCGUUAGACACAUUCUCGAGCCCGAUAUGACGCUAAGAUUGACAUUGGAUCGUGUCUUGGGACACGAUUGGGUUCGCGUCAGAAAGGAUAAAAAUAAUUUAAUGACAGGAAGACUUGUACAUUCAGCGCCACCAAUUCGACCACAAGUAAUAACGAAUUUAAAAAAAAAUUACCUUACUAUACAUUAUUUUCCCCCUCAAGUUUCUUGUUCUUGGGAAAUUUGUCAAUUUAGCAAAAUUUCUCUAUUAUCGAUAUUUUUAGCGUCGAUAAAGUCGAUAAAGAAGUUCACUACCUUCUGUUUCACGUUUCUUUUCAUAAUCUCAUUUUUCAUUAAAUUAUAA